AUCAGAGCUUUAGCAAAAAUAGGUCUUAAGAAGCUUUUAUUAAUUUAUUCAUUGAAGCUGGCAUCAGCCAUUGAAAUUUUGUCUUCUGCUUUUCUCCUCUACUGCUUGCUGGUGUUCAUUUUAUCAGCUUACCAGAGAGAAGGAGAAGAGUAAAUGGCAAGUGGUCUUUAUACUUUAUCAACAAACCUUUCUAAAAAUAUAUGUCAAUGUCUAAAACAUUCCAUACCUAACACACAUCCUCCCAAGACAAAAUGGCGAACCAUCACCAGCCUGUCGUUCAACUCUGGAUUCGUAGAUGAAACCUACUCAGAAGUUAAAAAGUGUGAUAAUGCUACCAGACCAUUGGACUUAUAUGCUUUGAAACAAAAAGAAAAGGAAGACUGGAGGAAUUUAUCAUUACAAGAAAAGCAAGCAUUGUAUCAUAUGAGUUUUAGCCAGCCAUUAUGCCUUGCUGAACAACCAUCAGAUGAGUGGAAGCUUAUUUUGGCGGGAACUUUUACAGCUAUGGGACUUAUGACUUUAGGACUUUAUAUGUGGCUCUCAAGAUUUGAGCGCACUGAAAAUGUGAUUGGUCCUCUUUCUCCGAAAUCCAAGGAAGAAAUGAGUUGUACAUGUCCUGACCAAGAAAUCUCAAAAUCUUCGUGAAGCAGCCAAGUGUACAAUUAUUGUUUUAGUAAGGUGUAGUUAUUGUUCUAUUGUAAAAUAUUGCCCACUGCAUCGUUCAUGGAAUUAAAUUUUUCUUUUAAAUAUA